AUGUCCACAAGGCAAAACAAAAAGCGCAAGGCCCGCAACAGCAUGAACCGCGAGAGGACCGUCACCACGCUUGCCGAGGACCCAAAUACCACUUUUCUCGUUCCGACGCCCUCAGAGGACCCUCCCAAAUCGGCUGUCUCUGUCCCGAGUCCUUUCACUGGUCAAGGUCAAAAUAGCGGCUUUCAGAUGGUGCCGCCCAACUUUUCUGGAUAUCCUAACAACUACAUGCCUUCUAUGCCUCCGCCCGUCGGGACUCCUUUUCAGUACUAUCCACAACAACAGCAAAACGUGCAGCUUCCACCUGGCAAAAAUGAUCUUGAGAUUCUUGAGAAGCUCAAGGAUAUGAUCAAGAAUAACCAGCACGAUGUUUUCAAACCCAUUCCUAACCCGGCUGCGCUGGCGAGCAUUUACAUGGGGCCACGUACUGGAACGACAUCGGUGUCUCAGGUGCCCCCUCAUCCGGAGCAGAUUCCGACGGAUCUUGUUGGUACUCCUGUGAUGAGUCACUCAAACGGAGCAGCCGGGAACGUUGCGACCAGACCUCGUAGCGAGUCUUGGGAUAAGAAGCCCAGCGCUCAGACACCUGUGAGCGCCACGUCAUCCAUCAAUAAUGUCCUGGAGGUUCAGGUUGCAAUGUCUCUUUGGAUCGCUGACGUCUUCGUGUGUAUAUAG